AUGGCUGCGAAGGGCGAUGAGAGCGCGACGCUGAUGAACGGCGUCGAGAAUGUUCGACUGAAUCGGAACGAGGACGAGGAGACGUUCAAACAGUUUUUGUACAAUCCGAAAAACAAGACAGUGCUGGGAAGAACCGGAAAAUCGUGGUGCCAGAUCACCGUCUUCUACAUCAUCUUCUACGCGCUUCUCGCCGCUUUCUGGCUCGCGUGUCUCACAACGUUUCUGAAGACGUUGGAUCCGAAAGUGCCGAGAUUCUACGGCAAAGGCACGAUUAUCGGUGUGAAUCCGGGUGUCGGAUAUCAGCCGUGGCUCAAGGAGAAUCCGGACUCGACGCUGAUCCAGUUCAAUCUUCAGGAUCCGGCGUCUUGGAAGCCAUAUGUCGAUCAACUCGACAACUAUAUGGGCAAAUAUAGUAGUAAUGUGAGUGAGACGCGCGAGUGCGGACCGAACGACACCAACGAUGUUCUCGAAAAGGAUGGGGAUGCGCUUCCAUGCCGCUUCGACGUCUCCCAGUUCGACAAGGGUUGCAGCGCGAAGACCGGAUAUGGCUAUCAGCGAGGAGCCCCGUGUGUCGUCAUCUCGCUGAACCGAUUGAUUGGAUGGCGCCCGGUGGACUAUCCGGCCGAAUCGAUUCCCGAGGAGGUUAAGGAUCGGUAUAAGAAGGGUUCGAUUGCGAUCAAUUGCCGUGGAGUGAACCCAGUUGAUGUGGAGCAUAUUGGAAAGGUUACCUACUUGCCGCCAAGUGGAAUUGAUGGACGCUAUUAUCCCUAUGUGUUUGUGCCGUCGUACCAGCAGCCGAUUGCGAUGGUGAAGUUUGAAUCGAUUCCACGCAACAAACUCGUCUUGAUCGAAUGCCGAGCCUACGCGCUGAACAUUGAGCACGACAUCAGCACCCGAUUGGGAAUGGUCCAUUUUGAGGUGAUGGUUGAGGAUAAGAAGAAGCAGGAGAAGAAGGAGUUGUAA